GCGGUUCCGCGUGGCCAGGGGAGUUUGUCCUAAUGCAGCGAACCUUGGCUACUCUGAGGUCGUCAGCCCUUUGGAACGUCUUUAAGAGUCAUAAGCGUCUCCAGAAAAAUAGAACAGAGAAGAAAGUUCUGUUCCACUGCCUCAUCGUAUUUGUCCCAAAUCUCGAGAUUUAUUCACAGUCUACAACUUCAACUUCUUCUGUAGUAACUCCUACAAGUAAUGCUACCCAGUCUACCUUGACAGCCCCAAAUCCAACUAAUGGCACCACGGCAAGUGACGGUGCCCUGAAGUCCACAGCCAGUCUCUUCGUGAUCUUGUUCUCCCUCCUGCAUCUCUACUGUUAAAGAGACUCAAACCAAGAAACAUCUGCACUUGCCCAUCUUUCAAACCCAAUGCAAAUGGCGUCUAGACAGCCAAUGUGGCAAGGAAAACUCUUCUUCAUUGAUUCUGCUAAUUCCACACCUUAUCAAUAAUUGACACAGAAAAUGUUGAGAAUCCCAAAUUUGAUUGGUUUGAAGAGCAUGUGAAGGGUCUGACUAGCUGAUGAAUGCCAAUAUUAACUCUGCUGGAGUUUCCCGUACAAGAUGAAGAAACACAACCAAAAUUUGUUGAGAUGCUUUCCUUAAUUAUGGUUUCAGAAAUAUGGAAUAUAAAACUCUUAUCUUGAAAUUAAGAAUAGAUAUCUAGAGAUAAAGGAUGGGAUGUAGAACAGAGAUUCAGUUUUCAUUUGGUUUGUUCAAUCUAUAAAGUCAUAAAGAAGUUAGGUAAUAUACAAAGUUUCAGUGAUUCUAUUUAUGUGUACAUUAGAGGGAUCUUCCAGGUAUAAAUCCUUAAUUGUUUCUGCAGUACUGAUUUAAUGACAACAUGCUCUAGAUAAGCUUUUACAUUGUAAACUAUCACCGUGGUCUUGGGAACUGAACUCUUUUCUCUACAGCUUUGUAUUUGACAUUCCAUUUGACUUUUUAUAUAGGAAUUGACAUGUACCAGGGCAAUGAUGGAUUGGAAUCUACCCAACUCCAGCCAUAAUUAGUAAAUUUUGCUUAUGUAUUUAAAUCACCUGUUCCUAUUCAACAGGAGCGCCAGAUUCAUUUAGCUAAACUGAUUCCAAAUAGUAGAAGUACAUUGACCUUAACUAAUGUCAAAUGCUUUUUUUAAAAAAUUUUUAAAAAUGAUCUGUUUGAAGGUAAAUUGACAAAUCUUGAAAUUAAAAAGGCAUAAGUUAAAUCAGAUGUUUGGAAAGUGAAGACUGGAAGCUAAUCUGCAUUAAAUUCAGAAAAAUUUUUAUACUUUUUUGUAAAUACUUUUUUUUAAAGCUAUGAAUCAGAAUAGUCACAUUUGGAACCCUUUCUGUUAUCCGUCAAUAUUUUUAGAUAGUUAGAACCUGGUCCUAAACCCAAAGUGGGCUUGAUUUUGAAAAGUAGUUCUUUACCACAAUUGUUCCAAUGCACAGAAACGUUUUUAAAAAUAGACAUUUCUACACUUUUGUUCGCAUGGUCACACACUGAUGCUUACAUGUUCCGGUAUCUAAUAUGGCCACAGUAGUCUUGAAAAACAAAGUCACUUUUUCCAUCUUUAAAAACUCACAUGGGAACAACUUUAUCCAACAAAUCUCAAGCUACUGUGUGUGUGAAUGAACAUUCCCUUUUGAUUCAUACCUGAAUGCUGUACAUCUAUUUUGGACUGUAUAUUGUGUUUGUGUAUUUAUGCUUUGAUUCAUAGUAACGUCUCAUGUUAUGGAAUUGAUUUGCAUUGAACACAAACUGUAAAUAAAAAGAAAUGACUGAAAGCAAUGGGUCACAUUUUAUGUUUUUCUGAUGCAAGGAAUGCUUUGUGGACUAUCAUAGUUGUAUGAAUCUAUUUAAACCAUCAGGGAUAUAUCUCAAUAUUUUUCUGUUCACCAAAACAUUAAAAUAAAGCUAUUUUCUAUUAUCAACUAGCAUUUUGACUAAGAAAUCUGAAAGCUAACAUCUUUGAUCAUAUAAGGGAUUGCCCCCUGUUUACUCAACUGUCAAAUACCAGCUAUAUGCCAGGAUACUGAUGAUCGAAUGUUCUACUUGCUGGACAAGUCCUUUCACUUCAGUUGAGAGGGAAUAGGCGAAUGCUGUCAAGGAGGACUGGAAGGAAACAGACCAAUGUGACACGUCAUGGCCGUGGAGUGAGUGGUUCAUGAUGGUCUUGGAAAUUAGAACUGAGAUGGAGGAUCUAGAGGGAAAUUACUGGUAGAGCAAACACUGUGCACUAAGUUCCAUUGGCACUGAUUUCAUAU